AUGAAGCCGAGCCGUUCAUCGUUUGCAUCGUUAAUGCUCCUCGCUUUUGCAGUCUUCGCCAAGGGAGAGGAUGUGCUGGUGACCGUUGAGCAGGGUGGUCUGCGAGGAACCACAGACACGAGCGUCUACAACACCUCUUACACGGCCUUUCUGGGCAUCCCGUACGCUGUGCCGCCACUGGGGAAACUGCGUUUCCAGGUAAUAGUUCAGCUGACUAGAAGUUUCCUGAGCACGGGAGACGCUGUCGCCCCUGGCAACGCGGGUCUUAAGGACCAGCAGCUGGCGCUGACCUGGGUGCAGAGGAACAUCGCGAGCUUUGGCGGCGAUCCUCAGCAGGUCACAAUAUUCGGACAAAGCGCCGGUGGCGUCUCCAUCUCUCUGCAUUUUGUCUCACCGAUGUCCUCAGGUCUGUUCUCACGAGCCAUUAUGCAGAGUGGGAACUUCAUCGGCCGACAUCCACGCUCGACUGCAGCAGCACGCACUCAUUCUUUGAGACUUGGCGCAGCCCUCGGCUACGAAACAGACGAUUCGCAACAGCUGCUCGACUUUCUGCAGUCUGUGAACGCUACAGACCUUCUGGUAGACGACUCACUCAUCCAGACAGAUGAGGAGAAGAAGCAGAUUAUAAGCGUUCUAUGGGCGCCAAAUAUCGAGCCAGACCUGGAGGGUGCUUUCCUUUCUGACUCCCCCAUCCAGAUGCUCAUCGACGGCCGCUUCAGCAAGGUGCCCGUCAUGACAGGCACUACUUCCGCCGAGCUUGGAUUCAGAAUUCUUGAAGACUCUGAGCUGAUUGACAGUCUGAACGAAGACUUUGCAGCUGUGGUGGGUCCCAGCCUUCACCUGCCCACGGCAGAACAGCAGACAGAGGCCGCCUACAAGUUGAAGGAUUUCUACUUUGGCAACAACACUCUUUCUGUCGAUAAUCCAGACCCUUUGGUCUAUUUCAACGACGACAUCGGAUCGUUCGACUCCAACGAUGCGUUGAUUAGAAAAGUUGUCGAGGUCUCCAACCUGACGCUCUAUUUCUACGUGUUCGACUACAGAGGAGAUAUCGUUGCCACAAACCCAUGGGGAGUGUCACAUGCAGGGGAGUUACCUAUUCUUUUUCUGAGAGAAGAUACAGAAUAUAACUUCGACCCCGACUCAGAAGAAGAGAAAGUGCGCAGAAAUAUGCUGCGUCUCUGGACGAACUUCGCAAAAUAUGGGAACCCCACCCCUGAGGCGGACCCCGUGGUGUGGGAGCCGUACGCCCUGGGCAGCCGCAGCUACCUGCUGAUGCAGGCCAACUUCUCGCUCGCACACGACAGGCUUGGCGAGCGCAUGGACUUCUGGCGCGAGAACGUGCCACUGCUGCCGUUUCCCGACACCGUAUGA